AUGGCAUUGAGUUUGCAGAAUUUGUUAUUAUCAAGUUUAACACCGUUAACGACAUCAGAACUCCAAUCGUUUUGCGAAUUACUACCCUUCACUGGUGAGGUUGGUCAAAAUGUAGUCCAUUGGCUUAUGGCUUUCAAUGAAGCCUGCUCAACAGCUGGCAUUGACGACGAUCAACGUCGAUUAUGGCUUCGGUUCAAAUUACUUGGUGGACCAAAAUCAUGGUAUCGUCUAGAGCAGAAAACAUUACUGAGUUACAACUGGAAAAAAGUACAAAUGGCCCUCAUCGAGGCCCUUCGAAAAGACCUAUUGGUAAUUGCGCAAGAACAUCGUCAAGGUAAUUACGCAAGGAUGUGGUCAUGA